GAAACCAUUAGUUUUCCCAUCAGUUUGUUUUUUUCAGCUAACGUUAAACAACACUGACUUACCUCUCAGUCUGCUCAUUCUGUAGCCAAUCACCUUACUAUGUUGAUCUACGCUGUAUUUCUUGUCUUGGCCAUUGUGACCAGUGCCGAGGUGGCCGACGUGUCCGAGGUGGCCGAUGUGUCCGAGGUUAUUGAUGAUCAAGGUCAGCAAAACUGUUGGGAGACCGGCUGGGUGAAAAUUAGCCAUCACACUGUCUGUUUCGAACCGAAAGGCAACCGCUACGGAUCGUUUAACAACUAUAUCCGAGGAGGAAUGGUAACGGCCAUUAAACUGGAGUACGUAUCGGGAAAGGUGCGCUGUAUCGGGGGAGUGGAGUACGACAGUCGGUGGGGAUGCUAUAAUUAUGCUCCCUUUAAAAAUUAUCCCCUCGAUGUCAUUGUGACGGACGAUAACGACAAUAUUUUGUUUCCUAAGAAAGAAUAUAUCAAGCACACCGCUGGUUUAUGGUAUUGGUCGCCGUUCGUUAACCCCUUGGAUUCCGAUGAGUUGAUCUUUACAGAUUACCGUACACCAUUUUACUUCCCCUUGGAUAAAGAAAUGAGGAUCUGGUACGGAGAAGAUCUGAAGAACUGGGSCGAAGGCGACAACGCUGGUCGUGUUUGCGUCAAUGUGUACGCUAGAUUCAAGUUAUAGAAUGUUUGUCAAUGUCAAUUUGCGAACCCAAUAAAACCAGUUAAUAAACCGAA